AUGUGGUGGUUCGGCGGCAAUCCGAGUCCUUCUGACUAUCCGAAUGCCGCGAUUCCCAACUUUAAUAUGCACGCUUUCGUCGUAAGUUUUUCGCUCUUUUGCAACUAGCAAAGAAAAAAGAGGCAAAAGACAUUUCACACCAUCGGGGAGCGAACCAAAACGUCCUUUUUAUUGAUAGCCGAAAGUUCCACAACUGCGCCACGCGCGCCACUUUUUCACCCGGCUUCCAGGGCGAGCAUAUUCGCGGUGUUCCUACAGCUUCAGAUGUUUCAAAAUUGUUUGGAAUUUUCGGAUUUCUGUGCUAAAUUUGCGAAGAGACAGUGAAAUUUGACGAAAAAACCUAGGACCAAAUAAAUUCUAGGUGAAAACUGUCGAUUUUCUCACUAAACUCUGCCCAUUUUCUUUCGACAAUUCCAAAUUCUAGUACUAAAAGUACAAAUUGUUUGGGCACUGUCUAGACACUUUUGAGGCUCUAAUUUCCAUGUCCGGUCCCAAUCGAUUCAAUGGGACACGAGGUUCCAAAGACUACGCGGCCGAACUCUUUCAAAUUUUCCCGCCGUUUUUUUUUUUGCAAUUGGCCGUGUAGUGAUCGCUUUAGUUUAAAAACAAAAAUACUCGAAAUUUGCAGGUGUUCUCCGUGUUCCUCAUUCCGUUCAUCGCCUACCUCCUCAUCUUGCCGGGCGUUCGACGGAAGCGAAUAAUCACGACGGUCACGUACAUUCUGAUGCUCGUCGUCGGCGCCUCCCUCAUCGCGUCGCUUUUUUGGCCGUGCUGGGCGUCCGGCUCGCAAAUGAUUUACACGCAAUUCCGCGGUCAUUCCAACGAACGGAUACUGGCCAGGAUCGGCGUCGAGAUCGGACUGCAAAAAGUGAAUGUCACUCUCAAGUGUAAGUCGCGCGUUUUUGUGGCCUAGAAUUGCUAGAAAAACAAUGGAAGAACGAGUGCGAUUUGAAUUAUCGAUUUUUGCAGUCGAACGAUUACUGUCUCCAAACGACGGUAUUGACAUGACGAAGCUGUACUACAACGAGGGAUUCGACAUUUCUGGAAGUGGGUUUUCCGCAUUUUCCCCCCAAAACCCCGCGAGUUUUUGCAGUCUCUUCGAUGGCCGAGGCGCUGAAACACGGUCUGGAGCACGGACUGCCGUACCCGAUGCUCAGCGUGCUCGAGUAUUUUUCGCUGAACCAGGACGCUUUCGAUUGGGGCCGGCACUACCGCGUGGCCGGACAUUACACGCACGCGGCCGUCUGGUUUGCGUUCGCCUGCUGGGCCCUGUCCGGAGUGCUCCUUUUGUUGCUCCCGCAUUACGCUUAUAAGGUACUGGGGGAAACGGAAGCCGACUAUUCAACACGAUGUAUCUCAGCUGCGAGUAGAGAUUUCAAAAAGUUGUCAACUGAUAAAUUGUUCGCAAAGAUGUUUUGUACAUUUUGCCAGUUGACAACUUUUUGAAAUCUCUACUCGCAGCUGAGCUAUAUCGCUUUGAAUGAACCGUUCUAGUUUUAUGGAAAAAUGCUGAAAUUUUCAACGAAAUAAGCCCGUUAAACACGUCGGUUUUCAGUCGAUCCUGGCCACGGGCAUCUCGUGCCUCGUCGCCUGCCUCGUCUACCUUCUUCUCUCGCCGUGCGAACUUCGCAUCGCGUUCACCGGCGAGAAUUUCGAACGCGUCGACCUGACGGCCACCUUCUCGUUCUGCUUCUACCUCAUCUUCGCCAUGGGUAACCGCAAUUCCAUGCACAUUUUCGCGGAAAAACAACUCGGUUCAGGCAUUCUUUGCGUUCUGUGCGGUCUCGGUCUGGGCAUUUGUGAGCACUGGCGCAUCUACACACUUUCCACGUUCCUCGACGCGAGUCUGGACGAGCACGUGGGUCCGAAAUGGAAGAAACUGCCCGGCGGCGGUGGUCCCGCACUGCAAGGUGUUCAGAUUGGAGCGUUCGGUACAAAUGUAAGUGAUCUUGAAAUGAUUCGAACUUUUCGAUAAGUCAAUUGAAAUUCAAUUUCCAGACCACAAAUUCGAGCCGCGACAAGUCCGACGUGCACAGCGACAAAACCGGCGCCUCAAGCGGGUUCCAAUCGCGAACGAGCACGUGUCAAUCGAGCGCCAGCUCGGCUUCCCUAAGGUAAGUCGGCACACCUUUGCUCUCUAUUGAUAAUUCUUGACACGAAGCGUGUGUAGUAGAUGGCCCACGCCCACUCCGACUCUCUCAACACUUGCAUCGGACGACUUGACGUAAAAUUUCUCUUUUUGUAAUGUCUGGUUUCUGGCUUUACCUCGGUGAUCGGAUUGCUUAAUCAAUUCUCCUACCCAUCCCCAUUACCUCAAUCAAAGUGUUCACACAAAAACCCCGAAAAAAAAACGUGUUUUCAGGAGUCAAACCUCAUUCGACACCGUCCACGACGAACAAGAGCUCGAACGAGGGCAUGUACGAUUCUCCGAAAACCCGUGUACUUCGUCCUCUUAG